AUGACACCUCGCCCAGUCACCCCUCCAGAGGCCUCGCCCCACCAGAUCAGCCUCCAUACAGCGAUGUAUCCUUGCUGCAUGGUCCGCACCUUAACGGCCCAACCCAGGACUGCCGGUCUAUGUAUAACCCCAUGACUCCAAACAUGAGUCACGGACCAGGGCCGGAACAGGGGAUUGGCCACUGCUUGGAUCAAUGCAUGAGGCCUCCUCAGGCUCUGCCUCCUCACAGCAUGAUGGGUCACAGGCUGCCUACAGAGGGUGGGAGUGCGGCACCGUACUGUAACCAGAGCAACAUGAUAUCGUCUCAUCACAGCUUCUGUCAAGUCCAGCCUGCUUCUGAUCAGAUUGGCUCCGGUGACGGCUCGAGGUUCUCCACGCCUCGCUCUAUGCUGAAGCUGAGUAAAAAGAGAGCGCUGUCCAUCUCCCCUCUGUCUGACGCAAGCGUUGACCUGCAGACGGUCAUCCGGACGUCACCCAACUCCCUGAUAGCCUUUGUUAACUCUCGGUGCAAUCCCAACGCAGCCAGCUCUUACGGGCAUCUCUCUGUGGGCGCCAUGAGUCCAUCUUUGGGCUACUCCAGCUCUAUAAACUGCCAGUCCAGACCACAGGGUUCCAUGUAUGGAGGUGGUGGAGGAACGCCUAUGGGUGGACACACACCUGGUCCUUGCCAAGCACCUCGCUUACCUGCCCACAGUCCUCGGCUGCACGCUCCACCCAAGCAUGGACAUUUGAAGACAGAACCGGGGUUGGGAGGCGUGAUGGACAGCCUCAACAUGAAGAGUCUGGAGGAGAGGUCGGAGGGAGAUGUGGCCAGUCCUUCCUCCACCGGCACCCAGGAUCCUCUUCUGGGACUCUUGGAUGGCAGAGAUGAUUUGGAAAAGGAGGAUGGAAAACCUGAACCGGAGGCCAUUUAUGAAACCAACUGUCGGUGGGAGAGCUGCAACAAGGAGUUCGACACACAGGACCAACUUGUUCACCACAUCAACAACGAGCAUAUCCAUGGAGAAAAGAAGGAAUUUGUGUGUCACUGGCAGGAGUGCUCGCGGGAACAGAGGCCGUUCAAAGCUCAGUACAUGCUGGUUGUUCAUAUGCGCAGACACACGGGAGAGAAACCACACAAGUGCACUUUUGAAGGCUGUAAUAAGGCCUACUCUCGUCUGGAGAAUUUAAAGACCCACCUGCGCUCCCACACUGGAGAGAAACCAUAUGUAUGCGAACACGAAGGCUGUAACAAGGCUUUUUCCAAUGCUUCAGACCGGGCCAAGCACCAGAACCGCACUCACUCCAAUGAAAAACCUUAUGUAUGUAAGAUUCCCGGUUGCACUAAGCGUUACACAGAUCCGAGCUCCCUCCGUAAGCACGUGAAGACGGUGCACGGCCCUGAAGCGCACAUCACCAAGAAGCACCGUGGAGACACGGGCCCUCGUCCCCCUGGCUCUGCCAUGACCCCUGGAGGCCAAAACACUGAACUGUUGCUGGAAAAAGAGGAGGCACGCAGGGAAGACUGUAAACUUCUGGCUCCAGAGACUACUCUGAAAUCGCAGCCAAGUCCUGGGGCUCAGUCAUCGUGCAGUAGUGAGCGUUCUCCUCUGGGGAGCGCCAACAACAAUGACAGCGGGGUAGAGAUGAACCUGAAUGCAGCAGGCAGUCUGGAAGAUCUCACGACAGUGGAGGAUCGAGUGUCAGGUGGAGGAGGAGGUGGGGAGGGAGGAGGCGUUGGAGGGACAAUAGGCAUGUCAGCUCAGGCUCUGAAGAGGCUCGAGAACCUGAAGAUUGACAAGUUGAAGCAAAUCCGAAGGCCGACCCCUCCUGGCCGCUGUGCCAGCAACAAGUUGCCUGCAAUUCCCGGUACAGGGGACAAUAUAGGAAUGUGUGCAUCUUCUCCACUCCUCUCUAACCGGCGUGUAUUGGAGUUGUCCAGUCAUGAGAUUGGAGGCAGCGCUUCACUUGGCUGCUCUGCUAAUGACAGGCGAGGAAGCGGCACCAGCAGCCUGAGCUCCGCUUAUACGGUCAGCCGUCGGUCUUCCAUGGUGUCGCCUUACCUGUCCAGCCGGCGCUCCAGUGAGGUCUCACAAAUAGGAACGGGCGGGGGAGGAUUUCAUCUCCCAAGCACAGAGCACAGCGGAGGAGAUCCCCUUUCUCCAGAGACUAGUCGAAGAGGCGCUCCCUGUGUUGGAGGAGGAGGAUUGCCCGGUCUUCCUAAUUUAACGCCUGCACAGCAGUACAGCUUAAAAGCCAAAUAUGCUGCAGCAACUGGUGGUCCACCACCUACACCUUUGCCCAACAUGGAGCAACCAGGUACUCCGGGAAGAAGAGGUGGCUGUUUGAGCGAGUACCAGGGGCAGCCUCUGCCUCCUUUCCUUCAACAGGUUGGUCCACGUAGGCACAGUGCCAACACAGAAUAUGGUACUGGUGUUAUCUAUCCUCACCAGGCUCCAGGUAACAACAGCAGAAGAGCCAGUGACCCUGUUCAUUCAGUGGGAGAUCCACAAGUUCUCCCCAAGAGAUUCAAUAGCCUUAAUAAUGUGUCCAUGAUGGGUCGAAGAAAUGCAUUGCAGCACCGCAGCUCUGACACUAGUAUUAACUGCCACAUAUACUCCCCUCGGCCACCUAGUAUUACAGAAAAUGUAAUGAUGGAGGCUAUGGCUAUGGAGCCCCACCAAGCCCCUGUGGAUACCAGGGACCGGUCCAUGAUGAUACUAACUGGAGAGAGGGGUUUCAUGGGAUAUCAGCAACAGACCCAUGGAGGUGCGGUAGUUGGAGCACCCCUGUCAACCCAGCUAUCUCCAAACCAUGAGCCUCUUGGCCGUCCAGAUCAAGGUUACAUACAAGCCCACUACCAGAAUCAGGGAGCAGGGGAAGUCAGUUCCAGAGGUGAUAGAAAUGUCAUGUGCCAAGGAAGGCCUAAUCACCCAGAUGGGAUGUCCAAUACACUUCUGCAGCAGGCUGAGUACAGUAUGAGCACUUGUCAGCUGAGUCCUUCAGGCUCCCAUUAUCCUAGCCUAGGCCAGGGUGCUGAAACUGGAGCUGGUACAGGCCCUUGGAGUGACACUCACAACCAAGCCCAAAACUCCAGCUCUGCUCUUCAGAACCAACGAGGAGUGCAAUACCCAGACACUAACGUUCCACCUCAACAAACACAGGUCCACUUCAGCAAUCAGCCAGGUCUUUAUCACAGUUCAAAUGGAAUUCAGAAAGUCACAAUCAAGCCUGAGCAGCAGUUUCAUCCUGGGAUGGGAGCUAGAGAUGCUUGUCAAAAUGCUAAGCUUCAGUAUCAACAGCAGCGGCGGCUUCUUCAGCAGGCUCAGAGCUACCCACGGCAGACAAGUCAGGGUAUGGUGAGGAAUUCUAACAAUCCAGCGUUUGACUUUCAAGGUCAGAACCAGAACUCCGUCUACAGUGGAGGGUUGAACUUGGGUUGCACUGGCUCUGCACUUACUGAUGAGCAGAGAUCAGAGACCCCCAUGAUGCAGGUGAAGGAGAUGAUGGUGAGGAACUAUGUACAGUCACAGCAAGCACUCAUGUGGGAGCACCAACAAGAACAUCAACAGCAGAGUGGAAUUAACCCUCCUCUUCUUUCUGACAAUAUGGACAUGAGUGGCCAAGGCCCAAUGAUGCACCAUAGUCCUCAACAUCAACACCAGAAUAUUUACUCCAGCCAGCCUUAUCCGUCUUAUCCCAACCAAAACCUGGUUGCAAGCCCUCAGCCCCAUAACCGAUUGCCCAAGUCUGUGACACCUAAAGAGCAGCAGCUGGCAGGUCUCCAGGGCUCUUGCUAUGGACCAGAGAUGGUUAUUCCCAGACCUCCUUCAGGACAGAAACCUCUCAGCCGGCAGAACAGCCUUUCACAGCAGGUAGGAGGAGCCUAUCUGAACAGUCCACCCCAUCUCAGCCCUGCCCAUUCAACUUCUAGCCCCAGGCGAGGAGUUCGACUGCCUCCUGUCCAGCAUCCACAGCACCCACAAAAUGAACUGUACACUCCUUCCAAUAACAACAUGUACUACUCAGGUCAGCUCAGCAUGGAUGUGGAGAAAUAUAUGGACCCCCAGAAUGGGCCUUGUCUGAAAGAGCAACAUAAUAUGGGGUCCAACCUGGACCCAACACGUAGCUCCAAGUCCGGUCCUUAUCCUGAGUCUGGCCCCAUCUCCAAUGCCUUAGAAAACCUGGACCUAGACAAUGCACGCAUAGACUUUACCUCUAUUAUUGAUGAUACCGAGCCUUCCUCUUUUAGCCCAGUCAACAAUCUCCUCCAAAGUCAACCAGGGUCUUCUUCACAGACAUCUUCACGCCUCACCACUCCCCAGACCUCUGUUAGCUUAGCUGCAGGCUCUGGUUUGUCCAACAUGGCUGUGGGUGACAUGACAUCCAUGCUUACCACACUAGCCGGGGAGAACAAAUACCUGAACACACUGUCUUAGAAGAAGAUUGUUUUGAAGGACAUUUUGUUUUCCAGACAUUAACAGUCAGAGGCGUUGGCCAGUUCAUAAUAUUUUAAUUGGGAACAUGCAUUGAAUAUCAGUAACCCAUCAGCCACAUACAACAAGCUUUGUUUUAAGAGCUUAAAGGGGUCGCAUUCUGUAAAUUUUGUUUGUAUCUAUUUAUUACAUAUAACUGUAUAAAUCAGGUAGAAAUGAGCAAACCUGAGCAAAAUUUCUACUUUUUUGUCAUAUGUAGAUUAUGCAUGUAGAUUAUGCAAGUUCACAUCUGGGCACCUGGUUACUGAGGUAAUGUACUCCCUUAGUGACAGACCACACCUUGUGUGAGUGACUCCGCCUCCCAGAAUCCCAAAAGGGCUUUAACCAGAAGCAGUUCCCUUUCAUGUAAGGCAACAGGAAUAGAAACAGUUUGUUUCUUUGAUGCAUAUUCUUUGAUGCAUAUAUUCUUUUAGGAUGCAUAUUCUCACUGUCUGUAGAGGUAUUUUUGACAAUCAAUAAAUAAAUAAAUAAAUAAAUAAAUUUAAGUUCCUAUAAAUGAUUUCAUGCCACUAGAGCUUAGACAAAACCACCAGUAUCUCAGACCAAAACAUUGGCUUUCCUUCAGCCUUUCUUCCAAGAACCCCCCUGCCCUCGCCUACAUCAAGGUGAAUUAAUGUUAAUUCUGAGUCAAGAUGGAAUCUUUCAGCAGUUUGAAUGAUUCUCCAUCUGGGAAAAUCCACACCUACAUUGGUGCUCAGCUGACCACUUUUCUGGUCAAAGCCCUUUUUAGCUUCUGACGAUGGUUUCUUGCGGGAAAGAAGUUAUGAAAAGUUGUUUCUCUUCACCGCCUUGCAUGCACAGUGCAAUGCUGGCGGUGGGGAGGUGCAUCAGUCUCACAGGGAGGGACUCGCAUGCACCACCUGUAGCUGGUCCAGCAAAGAAAAGGAACAGAAAAGCUCAGAUCACAACACACGCAGAGGAAGUGCUGCUUCAUUCUCUGUGCAGAACACCAUUACAUAACUACAGUUUUACAUAAAAAAAUAAAUAAAAGCAUCAUUGCUGGUUGCUAUAUUAACAUUUAAAAUGACAUUUAUAGGACCUUUAAUAUCUGUCAUUCAAACACAGUGACCAAUUCACUUGCAGAAAAGGUACAAAAUGUGACCCCUUUAAGUCCCUUUGCAUAUGAUGACUGUACAUCCCAUGUAUUCAGGUUAAAAAAAAAAAAAAACACUAAAAACUUCACCCAUAUAAGCUUUCAUGUGUAAUCCCUAAAACGGUAUAACUCCUAUUUGUCAAACGGUGAGCCAUGAUCCUUAAUGACAUUUGGUCUAAUGCUGCUGGAGCAACACACAACUAAAUAUUGCAAUAACUUUUUUAUAUUAAUAUGGUUUCAUCCCAUGUUUAAAAUAGUUAAAGGUCCCUGCCCAAAACCUUCAAACCAAAGGUGCACGAUCAACAUCGCUGUACUUGUGCCUCUCUGCCUUCUCUGCCCCUCACUGUAUGAGACGGAAAUUUAUGCCUGAUAUGAAACUGUUGCCUAACAUUAUCAUGUUCAGCUGUUGCAACAUUGGAGUAGAUAGAAGUGUAAAUAAAUUUUACAUAAAGUUAUAUAGUUGUGUUUAUGUGACAAUGGGACAUUCCUGUCUCAAUUCUGAAGGCCAAUAUUCAGAUACAACUUAGUAUGAGGACUGUUUAAAGAGCUGAGAGAUUGACGAUUGCUUUUUCUUCUUUACCAUGAAACAUCACGGUCUGUACUGUGGUCUGUACUAGCAGCAUAUCAGUAUUUCCACACAGCGUGAUCAUAGCCUGUACACAUACAGUCAUCGCCAUAAUUAUUGGGACAGUGACAGCUUAUGUAAUUUUGCCUCUAUACACCAACACAGUGGAGUUGAAAUCUAAGAAAAAUAUCAGAUUAACCAUUUCGGAAUUACAGUUUCUCAAAUUUAAGAGGGCAUAGGUAAUGGGCCAAACUAAAUAUAAGGUUUGUUAUUCAUGCAAAUCAUCACUUUUACAGCCACCUUUCUUUCAGUCAGGGGAUGGAUACAUGCACAUUAAGAAAUACAAACAGUAUGGUAAAUCUGUCUGGAGUAAGGAGUUUUUAAAAACUGAGUGACUGUGCAGUAAAGGCCACUAGUGAGGGAAGCCACCAAGACAUCCAUAACAACUCUAAAGGAGUUAAAGGCUUCUAUGGCUGUGCCUGGAGAAACUGUGAAUAAUGCAACUUUUGUCUGUUGCAUCACCAGUGCCAACUUCAAGGUACAGUGGCACAGAAGGAUUUUCUUAACAAAAAAGAAUGUGAAAUUUCUGCUAUCAUUUGCCAGAAGAAGCAAAUGAGACUUGAGCUGCUUGGUGUUGUUGUAAAAGUCGUCCUCUGUUCCAGUCCACCAUGAGGCUGUGAUUGGCUGCAACCCACAAAAGCUGCACUAUGUAAGUCUCUCAGUCAAAGCUACAGAUGCUUAUAAUGGCUUCAGAGUUGUCAUGGGGGUUGCUGUGGCUUCCCUCACAAGUCAUCUUCUUGCAUGGUAACUCAGUUUUUAAUAACUGCCAGCUCCAGACAGAUUUAUAUGAAGUAUAAAAUAUUCAGUGAUUUGGGGAUGUUUAUGUAUCCAUCCCUUGAAUGUUCCAUUGCUACUUAUGGUGUCUGAAAAUGGAGGUACUAUGUAUAAAAAUGGCAGCUGUAAUUCCAAAAUUAUUAAUGUGGUAUUUUUUAUUUAACCCUUAGCACGAAACCAGAAUGUUACACUUCAAGCACAUCUUAAUUAUUUCAUUUCACCUCCCGGUGUGGUGUGCUACAGAAGAAAAUGGAAAAAAUGGUGUCACUGUCCCAAUAAUUAUGGAUCUGACUGAACAUUCAGGACUCAUUGCUGUUUUGAUGUUCGAACGAUGAUGUAUUUUCUCUUCCGGACACAGAAUUUGCACUCCACACAUUUACUGUAAGUGUUCCUAAAGCAGCUGGAGCUCUUUUGUUUGUUUUGUUUUUGUUUUUUUUUUUUGCAGUUUUUUUUAAACUACAAACAUAGAAAGUGCCUUGCUUUUUCUACAAAUUUACAAGUACGAGUUAAUGUUCUGUAAUCCCUUCAAGGUUUACUUUUGAGAUUCCAGAGGUAAUGCCAACGUUCAGCAUAUAUACCUGACAUGAUUCAGUUUUUUUUGGAUUACAGACACUUUGGAUAAGACUUGUCAGUUGGUGACAGAGCACUCGUAGAUAUGCAUGUUUGAGAAAUCAUGGUACGUUCAUCGUGCAGUGCUGAUGUGUGUCAAAUUCUUUAUUGCUGAUUCAGGUUCGAGGAUCCAAAGUCAGGGGAUUUGAUCAGUUGCUACCACUAUGGAAAACCAUCUUUUAUAGGACAUGGCUACAGGUGCGAGAGUCACAUCCCGAGUGGUAGUGGGUACUGUUACAAGACAUGUCUGCACGGUGGCACUCUGACACAACCCCGACAGGCUAUGACAAGACACGUGAGAGCACCCUGCGGCGAUUAACAAUGUAUUGCAGUACUACUACUUUGAGAGGUUUUGUAAAAAUGUAAAAAUAUAUAUAUUUUUGAAUAACUUGUAUCGCCAUUUAGAAUUUUGGCAGAAAACAUGCAAGAUCUCAUGUAGCCUUGUUUAAAAAAAAGAAAAAAAAAACAUAGGAUAAAUCAAACUAGAGGGUAGACUCCUAACCCAUGUAUGUAUGAAAAGUGUACCAUUAUAAUGGAAACCAGUCAUGAA